AUGCCUGCCAUCCCAACAUACUUCCAGACAGCUAUGCCCGCCAUCUCUCUGCCAUCGGACGCUCCGCAGCAGACGACAACUCUCCCCAUCCGGAAACACGAAUUCCCGACUCCAACGCUACGAUUACAUCUCCAGGAUUUGAGCCACGAUGGCUCUUCCAUCUUCCUCUCAAACAUCAAAGGCAGCGAAGACCUAGAACAACAAUGCCAGAAUGUCCUCAACCUCCUCUACGACCACGACAGCAUAAGACCAGGAACUCGAAGCGUCACAUUCGUCCUCCGAGCCUACGAUGGCUUGGCCUAUACGACCGGCAUAGAUCUAGACCAAGAUCACAAGGAAAUCCACAUCAAUCUGGACUAUCUGCUGAAGAUCCGCGGUGAUGUUCGUCAUGAGCUACUGGGUGUGAUAUGUCACGAGCUCGUGCACUGCUUCCAAUGGGCCGCGGAGGGCACAGCCAACGGCGGCCUGAUAGAAGGAAUGGCAGACUACGUCCGUCUCAACGCUGGAUUGUCGGCUGAACACUGGAAGAAAGAGGCAGGGGGAGACUGGGACGGCGGGUAUCAGCAUACUGGAUACUUUCUACAACAUCUGGAGGAGAAGCUCGGGAAGGGAACAGUAAAGAAGAUCAACGCUGGUCUGAGGGAGGGACAGUAUGAUGAGAAGAAGUUGUUCAAAUCAUGUUGCGGUGGUAAGGAAGUGGGUGAGCUGUGGGAGGAGUAUAGGAACGAUCUGGAGAAGAAGCAAAAGGAGGACGGCAAGGAGGAGAAGCCUUCGGGUACUGAGGAGGCGAAGAUUAUACCUACUGAUACGCCGCCGAAGUUCGAGGGGACGAAGUGA